CACACACACACACGGAGACAUGGGCGCUGUGUGAUUAUUUCUUUUUUUUCAUGUAAAAGAAAAAAAAAUCUAUUGGAUUUCACUUUGCAACAUCACGUCUGUGUCUGCAGGACUUCUCCUCCGCUUUCUCUCAUGUGCGGCUGAGAGAGUGUUUCCACAGACGAGCAUGCUCUUUCCAGUGUCUUUGUUGUGAUAUGAGACUGGAUUAAGAUCACCGGAGCCCGCUUUACUAAAGGGAGGCUGAUUUAGGCUGCAGCCGAACUUUUUCUCGGGGCAGGGAUGUCUUCGGCUCCGGUGGAUUACAUUGCGCCCUGGUGGACUUACUGGCUUCACAAUUUCCCUCAUAUCAACCUGAGGUUUCAGCCCAUUGACAACAGCUUCCAGCCCGAGGAGGAGAACUACCAGCAGUCUCUAAUAUUCCUGGGCUGUGUGGCGGCCGCGGGGCUCGGCCUCAACCUGCUGUGUGUCGCCAUCUACCUGAGCUGCCUGUGCUGCUGCCACAAAGACGAGGAGGAGGAGAGCAAGAAGCCCAACUCCUGCUGCGUCACCUGGUCCGCCGUCGCUGCCGGCCUCAUCACAUGCAUCGCAGUGGGUGUGGGUUUCUAUGGCAACAGUGAGACCAAUGACGGCGUGUACCAGUUGACCUACUCCCUGUACAACGCCAAUCACACGCUGGGCGGCGUGGACAGUCUGGUGACAGGCACCAUGGGAAGCAUGAAGAGCGGCCUGCACCAGCACCUCGCCCGGCUGGACGAGAUCUUCGCCACACGGGGCGACUACGUGCAGACCCUGCAGUUCAUGCAGCAGAUGGCCGACAAUGUGAUCAAACAGCUGCUGGGCCUGCCCGACUGGGAGGAGGCUAAAGUCGACCUGGCCAUGAUCGCUGAUCAAACAGCAAACAUAGAGUACUACAGGUGGCUCACCUACCUGCUGCUCCUCAUCCUGGACCUGAUCAUCUGCCUGCUGGCCUGUCUCGGGCUCGCCAAGCAGUCUCGCUGGCUGCUCACCACGAUGAUGGUGUUCGGAGUGCUGACGCUGGUCCUGAGCUGGACGUCUCUGGGAGCUGACCUGGCCGCUGCGGUGGGCACGAGUGAUUUCUGCGUGUCCCCUGACAAAUAUCUCAUGACCCAGACAAAGGGCAUCAUCGGCUCUGAUAUCGUUCAUUACUACCUUUACUGCAACCAGACUCUGUCCAACCCGUUCCAACAGCCUCUGACCAUCUUCCAGAGGUCCCUGACCACCAUGCAGAUUCAGAUCCAAGGUCUGCUGCAGUUUGCUGUGCCUCUGUUCCCCACAGCCGAGAGAGACCUCCUGGGUAUCCAGCAUGUGCUCAACUCCUCGGAGGCCAGUCUGCACCAGCUGACCGCCCUGCUGGACUGCAGGGGGCUCAACAAGGACUACCUGGAUGCGAUGGUGGGGGUGUGCUACGACGGGGUGGAGGGUGUGCUCUACCUCUGCCUGUUCUCCAUCCUGGCAGCCUGUGCCUUCACUGUCAUGCUGUGUGCCAUUCCCAGGGCAUGGAGACAAAUUGCCUGCAGGGAACGAGAUUAUGACGACAUAGACGAAGAGGAUCCGUUCAACCCGCGGGCGAGGAGGAUAGCCUCCCAGAACCCCAACCUCACCAACAUGCACAGCUUCUGCAGCUACAGCAGCAGCAUGGGCAGCCAGAACAGCCUCCACCCGCCCGCCCCGGCUGUCUCAAACGCCCCCGUGUCCGAGUACAUGAACCAGACGGCUCUGUUCGGGGGAAAUCCUCGGUACGAGAAUGUGCCGCUGAUAGGACGAGGCUCUCCACCCCCCUCGUACUCCCCGAGUAUGCGGGCCACCUAUCUGUCCAUGACCGAGGAACAGAUAAGACACUUUGGGAACGACUUCCAAGCAUAGACUUCUCUAUCUGACCGAGGAGGGAAACGGCAUCACUCAAACACACAUGCUCGACAGGCAGAGUGUGUGGCUUCUCCAAGCAUCGCAGAGGACAGUGUGUACCAUCUCGUUAGGCUAGGGUGCCAGUCUGUGCAGGACAAUGGAACCACAUCGGUACUGGUCCCGGUGCUCAAAAAUGAUUAAUUACACUUGUUUGCCCUGAGGUAUUUUUUGGGAAACUUGCUUAAUAUUUUUGACACGUGCUGUUGAAUUUAACCUGUUCUUAAUAUAUUGUGUUUGUCAUCUUUUGGUGGAGCGUCGAGGAAGGAUUUGAACCAGAACACGACUAAAUAUAACUUUGAUGAAACAGGUGAUAGAAGCAAUUUUGUUGAUUAAUUUCUCACCGCAGUAAAAUACAGCAACAUGUUCACAGUAAACUUACAUGAACCGUCUCUUCUACUCAAAGAGAUCUUUCCAAAACUUACAUUCAGGUCUCCAAAGAGACAAAUGCGAACAUUACAGCUGAUGUAAACAAUAUUUUCUUUGUCUUCUGCUUCAUGCUUGAUAUUUGUGAAGCACAAACCCAGCACUGGCGGCACACAGCGGGAGGUACUGUCGAGGUAUAAUUUAUUUACAUUCACACAGACACGCCUGCAACUGAAGCUUUAUGUUUCUAAAUCUCCUGGAGACUACCUUGAGACCAUGGCUUCUGUAUAUAAGUUGUACAAUAACAGACUGUUGUCUCAUUCUGGUGUGGUUUGACUUUGUUUCAAAAAAACGUGCCAAUUUUAUAUGUUUUUUUCUAGUUUUGAGUGGCGAUAUCACAUAGGAGCUUUUAUUUUGUAUUUUCUAAAGGGCCGUUAAUUCACAUCCUCUACACAUAUCUAAUCCAGCUAAUUCAAGAAAACUAUAGUUUCUGUUGGGAAGCUCUGCUGCUCUAACCACAAUUAAUGAGAACAUUCAGGUAAUAAUUUCAUCAAUUUAAAAAAUCCCAACAGUACAUGUUUGUAUGGACUAACAAUGAUUUUCUGUAGGGAUUUAAUACAUGCAGUUUUGUUAAGUAAUUUUUUAUUUUAUUUUUUGUAAGUGUCAUUUCUUUCAGCAUGUUACACUGUACAGACACCGAGAAUGGUGCUUAAUUUUGUGUGUGACCCCAAAACUGCGGGGUCUAAUUGUGAGUUGAAUAAAUCAGU